AUGCCGGCCAGCUUUAACGCGUUCUUUGCCGCGUUGGCGUCCAUUCGCCAGCAUUUGCAUCAGCACCCCGAGCUCAGUUUCCACGAGUUCAAAACCCAAGCCCUUGUGCGGGAUUACCUCGUCCAUGAGGCUCAUAUCCCGACCGAGCACAUCCACGACUGCGCCACCACUGGGCUCGUGGUGGACAUCGUUGGACCGACGGAAGGCGACAAGACUUCGCCCGUGACUUGCAUUGCGUUCCGCGGGGACAUGGACGCCCUCCCCAUGACCGAGGCGAACCCCCAUCUCUCGUACGCUUCUCAAGCCCCCCAAGUCGCCCACAUGUGCGGACACGAUGGCCACACACGCCGCCACUUAUUGCCCCCCCACUCGGUCGUGCGGUUGUUGUUUCAGCCUGCUGAAGAGUGUUAUUUUGGCGCCCCGGCAAUGAUCAAGGACGGGUGCUUGGAAUCGGUCCAAGAAAUCUACGGAUAUCAUAAUGUCCCGUUUCCUCUGGGGACGGUUGGGGUCAAGCCGGGCGCGAUGAUGUCGCAUUCAAGUCGAUUUACAAUCCGCAUUUCUGGUCCAGGCGGCCACGGGUCUGCCCCCCACGAAACCAAAGACCCGAUCGUCGCCGCGGGACAACUCAUCGUGGCCAUGCAAUCGAUUGUGAGUCGCAAUGUGAAUGCCCACGACAGUGCGAUUGUGUCGAUCACGCAAGUGCACGGCGGGGAACCCGACAACGUCAUCCCAUCCGUGGUGACGUUAUCCGGACGGUUGCACGACUUUGCUCCUGCGGUCGCCGCCACGGUCCAAGAACGCAUGGCCACACUCGUCGAGCACACAUGUGCGGCGUACGGCGUUGGUGGUUCCAUUUCAUUUCAAGAGGGGUACCCAGUACUAGUGAACCCCGAGAUGGAAACCAGCAUCGUUCAAGCGAUCGCUCAAGGCAUUGUUGGCAGCAAACGAGUGAUCAGCAAGGGAUGCCAGUGUGCGCAUCGGAAGAUUUUUCGUAUUUUUUGA